ACAGGCAGACGGACAGACGGCAGGACGGACACGCGGGCGGCGGCUGUGAUUGGCGGCUCGGCGGCAGGCUGGUGGAAGAUGUCGUCGGGAGCCGGUGGGAGGGGCGGGCGGCGGCUCAGGGGUUGGGGGGGAGGGGAGGCAGCGGAGGAAGGCCCAGUGGGCAUCCCCUUCCCCGAGCACAGCGCAGACAUCCUGGGCAGUCUGAACAAGCAGCGCCUCAGCGGCCUGCUGUGCGACGUGCUCCUGAUCACCCAGGAUAGGGAGUUCACUGCCCACCGCUCAAUCCUGGCAUCUUGCAGCUCCUACUUCCACAAGCUGUUCACCUCGGGCCCCACCGCCAACCAGCAGAAAGUCUACACCAUAGACUUUGUGACGGCCGAGGCCCUGGGCGCCCUGCUGGACUUUGCCUACACAGCCACGCUGACGGUCAGCCACAGCUCCGUGGGAGACAUCCUGGCCGCCGCCCGCCUGCUGGAGAUCCCGCCCGUCCAGGAAGUCUGCACUCACCUGCUGGACACCAAAGUGCUCUCCCCGCCGGUAGGCUGGUCGUCAUGACAACACUAACUAACACUCCGUCAACAGUCUCUGUCCUAUCAUUACAUCCCAUCACAUGGCCUUUACUAGUAUGUCUCCCUGUGGGUAGAUCUGCAUCAAAAUAUAGCCACUUAGCAAACGAUUUUGUCCAAAGCGACUUACAGUUAAAAUACAUGUAUUUAGUGUGGCCUAUGUGGAAAUCAGUCAAACCACUCUUGUUUUGAGUUACAACUAUUGUGUUGUAAGUGUCAUUCUUGAUUUCCAUCCAACUGCGCCACCAUAGACCACGUACCACACAACCUCUGUCUCGCGUCACGCUAACAAACAAACACUCCAUCAUCAGUCUUUGGCCAUCACAUAGUCAGCACGCUUACAUCAUGCCCUUCAUUAAUCUCUCUCUCUCACACACAUCCACACCCUGGUGUCACAAUAACACUGAACUUUUAACACUUACCCAUGCUGGGCCAACAUCAGUCUCUGAGUCUCAGGACAGCGUGCUCUUUCACAAGCUGCAUUCUACAGACUAAGCAUAUUGCAGUUACAUGCUACGCUUGAAAAUGUAGAAUCGAAGUAGCGUGGUCAUAUUCAUGGUCAUGUGUGCUUCUGUUGUGUGUGUGUUUGAGUAUGAUCGUGAGUGUAUGAGAGUUAUGGAGUCCUGUUUUGUUUUUUCAUAGGGGGGCAGUGAGCGAGGAGAGGAUGAUGAUGAUGAGGGGGAGGGAGGGAAGGGUGGAGGAAGAUGGGGACAGCAGGGGAAUCGACUUCGGGCCCGGGAGUAUCUAGAAUACUUCCAGAGAGGGGCCCACUGGAGUAGCAGCUGCAGCACGCCAGAGCUCAGGGACAUGCCCACACACCUGCACUUUAACCAUGACAACGGGGCCCACAGCAACGGGGCCCCCGGGGGCCCCAGCGAGUACUGCUCUCCCCUGGACCUUGCCCAGGCCGCCACACAGGACCCAGAUGAUGAGGAUGAGGAGGACCAAGUGGAGGUGGAUCACUCUGAGAGCCGCAGGGACAUGCUGACCUGGGCCAGGGGGAACGGAGGAGGGCCAGAUGCCUCUUUCUAUCGCCCAGCCCAGAACGGCCACUUCUACCUCCCAACAGAGCCCAAACUGGAGCCGGAGGAGGAGGGGGAGGAAGAGUGCAUACGGGAUGGGGAGAGAGGCUCAGCCAGCGCCCUCCUGCAGCAGAUGAUGGACUCCAUCGAGAGGCAGAAGGAGCGGGCCGCGGCCGGGGAGGAGCCGGGGGAGGGGGAGGACCCGGACGUGGAGUUUUACUUGAAUUACUUUAACAGCACGCAGCAUGAGGACGACGCCGCCGACGCCGCCGUCUCACAGGGACUGCUGCCCCGCUGGGCAGCACGGGGCGGCUCCAGCCAAGAUAGAGGGGGAGGAGAGAGGGGAGGAAGAGGAGGAGAAGAGAGAGGUGGGGUCGGAGGGGAGAGGAAGAUGCGCUCCAAGGCCUUCCAGAAGUGCCCCAUCUGCUCCAAGGUCAUCCAGGGAGCAGGAAAGCUACCCCGCCACAUCCGCACUCACACGGGAGAGAAGCCCUACGAGUGCGCCAUCUGCAAAGUGCGCUUCACCAGGUAA